UCUCGCCUCGGCCUCCUUGCGUGCGGGAUUCCAUGGAGCCUGCUCGUCAGUGAGUUCUUUACUUCUUUGUGCGUAAUAUGGCGGAUGGUGUUUGCAAAAUGCCCGAGAAAAAGUCAGACUUAGCUUGUAAAACGGACAAAAGUGACCGCAGUUCUAACGACAAUGAAGAUUCCGAAUCAUCUGAGGAACAGCCGCUCGAUGUUGGAGAACAUUAUCUCGUCCGCAGGUCCAACGAAUCUUGGCAUCCAGCAGAAAUAAUCCAGACAAGGUACAACGAUGCUGAAGGCCACUAUGAAUAUUAUGUCCAUUAUGAAGGUUUCAACAGGCGAUUGGAUGAGUGGGUUCCACGAGGAAGGAUAAUGAGCUCACGGUUUGACAUGUCGGAGCAGAACUGGAAAAACAGCGAUAAAAACUCAGUUGAUCUGCUAGAUCAAUGCGACAGAAAAAUAACAAGAAACCAAAAGCGAAGGCAUGAUGAAAUUAACCAUGUUCAAAAGACGUACGCUGAAAUGGAUCCUACUACUGCUGCCUUAGAAAAAGAGCAUGAAGCUAUUACAAAAGUGAAGUACAUUGAUAGGAUCCAAAUUGGUCGUUAUGAAAUAGACACCUGGUAUUUUAGUCCCUACCCUGACGAUUAUGGCAAACAGUCCAAAUUAUGGAUUUGUGAAUUCUGCUUAAGAUACAUGCGCUUAGAGAAAACAUAUAGGUACCAUAUGAGUGAAUGCAUCUAUCGACAGCCACCCGGAAAAGAAAUCUAUCGCAAAGGAACUUUGUCAAUCUACGAAGUUGAUGGCAGUGUAGAGAAAACGUACUGUCAAAAUCUAUGUCUCCUGGCCAAAUUGUUUCUAGAUCAUAAAACUCUUUACUUCGAUGUAGAGCCAUUUCUGUUCUACAUCUUGUGUGUAGUCGAUAAACAUGGAGCACACCUUGUUGGUUAUUUUUCAAAGGAAAAAGAGUCACCAGACUGCAAUAACGUAGCAUGUAUUCUGACUUUGCCACCAUUCCAACGUCAAGGCUACGGGAAGCUAUUAAUAUCCUUUAGUUAUGAACUUAGUAAGAUGGAAGAAUUAGUUGGAAGUCCAGAGAAGCCUCUGUCGGAUCUUGGGAAGCUCUCCUACCGUUCGUAUUGGUCAUACGUCCUAUUAGAAAUUCUGCGACAUUUCCGCGGUUCUUUAUCCAUCAAAGACUUAAGCGAAUUGACAAGCAUCGCCCAAACAGAUAUCAUCUCAACAUUGCAGUCAAUGAACAUGGUGAAAUACUGGAAGGGUCAGCAUGUCAUCUGCGUCACAUCCAAAUUGGUAGAAGAGCAUAUUAAAUCAGCGCAGUAUAAAAGGCCAAAACUUAUUGUAGACCCGACAGCUCUCAAGUGGAUCCCGAGGAAACGAGAAAGUAAGACAGGAAAAAAGUAAGAGGAUAGCGGAAGAAAUCUCCCAUUUGCAGAGUGCGUGUUGAAUUAGGAUGUUGUAUUCACUUCUUCCUUAAAUGCUGUUCGUAAUAGGGUUGUUUAAUGGCCAACAGUAGGUGCCAGGUUGGAGCUAUCCUGGCAAUUCCAGUAGUGAAGCUCUGUUUCUCAGACCGAGUUGGAGCAUUCUUAUUUUCAGGCAUAAUCUGAGUACUAUUGGUCUUACAAGACAUUUGACCUUCUCCAAAGAAGUUAGUUUGAUAGUAAUUGUCAAUUUAUGCUCAGUUUUGAUAUUGCUGUGCUUUUAUUUUUUGUCUGUGGGCAAAAAAAACGCUGAAUUUUUGAGAACUGCUGUGAAAAGACGAACAAGAAAUCUAAUAAAAGAUUAUAUAAGUAAAUAUCCUUUCAGAGGAAAUAAGUAUCCACAUACAUUGGUGGAUAUUGUUUGCAUUCAUUGUGAAUUAGAGGAUUCCUCAGUUGCUAAUUAUGUAUAGUUUUGGGUUGCUCUCGUCGAAAUGAACUUCAUACAUACGUUUUGCAAGUCAGAAAACAUCUAGAAGUCCCUUAAGCGAAUAGGUUAAAUUUUCAAGUUUUGUGAAGCAAAGUGUUUUUGAGAAGUUCCUGUUCACUAAUGUUUAUACUUGUUUUCUAUUAGGUUCUCUAAAAAUUAAGAUACUCUGAGCAAAGCCUUUAUCAAAGGCUUUUUAGUGACUGAGACCUCUCGUAAUGAAUCUACAACCUGCAUAAACAUCCGCAGAAAUUCUGGGUUUACAUUUCCCUUGCUGUAAAAAUUAGAUUGAAAUCAAGCUGAAGCAAAUCUGGAGCUUUAGUAACUCAUGAUCAAAUGUAUCCCAGUGAAGCAAAAUUAUAACAAAGGUGUCUUCAAAAUCAUGUAUCGCAACUAGUAAAGUUAUAUUGUAUCAAGAUUCUAGCAAUUUACUAGUUAAACCUUGAA